AUGUCUAUGAAAUUUUAUGAAACUCUGUCAAAAGACUUCACCAAACUUCUCGAAUUCGGCGAUGAAUACAAUACAAUCAUAGAAGUUGGAAUGUUCCCUCAGAGUAAAUCUUAUAAAACUCAUUCUUCCGUGUUAUGCUACAGAUGUCCUUAUUUAUAUAAUGAGCUGAAAGGUAUAGCAUCAGAGAAUGCCGUUAAAAUAAUAAGAAAGCCUGAUCUCUCCGUUGAGGUUUUUAACCUCCUAGUUAGAGAAUCUAGUGCAUCCAGUAAACCUGAUCUAUCACGGUCAUUUUCUACUCUAUCGACUUCGACUUCGACAUCAGACUCAACGGGUUCAUCAUAUUCACUAAGUCAAUUUUUUUUAAGCCCUUCUUCAUUCUCAAGAAUAAUAACAGAAAAACAGGCAGCCCUGAUUUCCACUUGGAUAGACAACCCAGAUUUACCGUACACAGAAUCAACAAAUCCUUACAACUUCCAGCUGGUUCUCCGGGGUAGCAACCAUGGCUUUGAUCACAAAGCUUUCUGGAAAAAAUGCGACAUGCUUGAGAAUAUUGUGGUAAUCAUUAAAAUUCACGGUACGGACGAAAUUAUUGGAGGAUACAACCCUAUUGGAUGGAAUAAGAGAGAAUCUCAGAGUAGAUUUUCACGUAAUAGCGGAUUCACGAUUACACGAAUGAGCUUUAUUUUUGCGUUGAAAGAUGACGCGAUACAGGAUUCCAUAGUUAGCCGCGUGAAACAUGUUUCUAGCGCGAUAUAUAACGGAGCGCCAAGUGGUUAUGGUCCGAGUUUUGGAAGCUCGGAUUUAAAUAUGAUCGGAAAUUUCAAGAAAGACAAGAAGUGUUUUUGUAUUCACAAUAGUUAUUCGGCAUAUGAAAAGGCCAUUAGGGAUACAAAAGAAUCAUUCUCGGUGGAUGAAUACGAAAUUUUUAGCCUUCAUUGA